CACACACUCUAGCUACCUUCUUCCUUUCUGUGAAACUUACAUGAAAAUCUAUAAAAUCACUCUCAUCUAGCUCCCUCUCUCAAAAUCACAACUCUUUACAACCGAUCUUCUCAAACCAAACCCACCGCCGUUACUCUCUUGUCAUUAGUUGUCAGCACCACCAUGGAUGACAGAGGAGCAGGAUACAAGCCUUGUGCCAUUCUCAUCACUGGUGGUGCUGGUUUCAUUGCCUCCCAUGUAACUAACCUUCUGGUCAAGAACUAUCCUGAUUAUAAGAUUGUAGUUCUUGACAAGCUCGAUUACUGCUCCAGUACUCGCAACCUCUCCCCAGCUCGCUCCUCACCCAACUUUAAGUUUGUCAAGGGAGACAUUACAAGUGCCGAUCUUGUUAACUAUCUCCUCAUUACUGAGGGGAUUGACACCAUUAUGCACUUUGCUGCACAAACCCAUGUCGACAAUUCCUUUGGCAAUUCUUUUGAGUUCACCAACAACAAUGUCUAUGGAACCCAUGUCCUAUUGGAAGCUUGCAAGGCUGCAAGGCCCAAGGUGAGGCGAUUCAUUCAUGUCAGCACAGACGAGGUGUAUGGUGAGACAGAAGCUGAUGCAAUUGUGGGCAACCAUGAAGCAUCUCAGCUUCUCCCAACCAACCCAUACUCUGCCACUAAGGCUGGCGCUGAGAUGUUGGUCAUGGCCUAUGCAAGGUCAUAUGGUCUCCCUGUUGUCACCACUCGUGGUAACAAUGUGUAUGGACCGACCCAGUUUCCUGAGAAGCUCAUUCCCAAGUUUCUUCUCUUGGCCAUGAGAGGCCAGAAGCUAACAAUUCAUGGAGAUGGCUCUAAUGUACGUAGUUACCUCUACUGUGAAGAUGUGGCAGAGGCGUUUGAUGUUGUGCUCCAUAAAGGGCAAGUGGGCAAUGUCUACAACAUUGGAACCUACAAGGAGAGAAGAGUCAUAGAUGUAGCAAAGAACAUCUGUGAUCUCUUCAAUUUGGAUCCCAAAGAUGCCAUCAGCUUCGUCAACAAUCGCCCUUUUAACGACCAGCGUUACUUCCUCGACACCAAGAAGCUUAGUCUUCUUGGUUGGUCUGAGAAGACUUCAUGGGAAGAAGGCCUCAAGAAAACCAAAGAAUGGUACCUUGCCAACUCCGAUUGGUGGGGGGAUGUCUCUGGUGCCCUCCUUCCACAUCCCAGAAUGCUGGCCUUGGCUGGUGGUGAUCUGAGAAAGCAUGAUAUCAGUGCUGCAGAUCAGGUAAAGGAUUUUGCUACUACAAAUUAUGAAAGCUCAACUGAUACUAAAAAUAAACUCAAGUUCUUGAUCUAUGGCAAAACUGGUUGGAUUGGUGGGUUAUUGGGUGAGAUCUGCAGAAAGCAGGGGAUUGACUUUGCAUAUGGAAAUGGAAGAUUAGAGCAGAGGGACCAAAUUGAGAGUGAUCUGAGGGCAAUUAGGCCUACUCAUGUUCUGAAUUCUGCCGGUGUUACUGGUAGGCCUAAUGUAGACUGGUGUGAGUCUCAUCGGACUGAGAUGAUCAAAACCAAUGUGGUUGGGACCUUAAUUCUUGCUGAUGUCUGCAAGGCUCAUGGCCUUCUGCUCCUAAAUUUUGCUACUGGCUGUAUAUUUGAGUUUGACGAGAAGCAUCCAGAGGGAAGUGGAAUUGGAUUCAAGGAAGAUGACAAACCCAAUUUCAUUGGAUCUUUCUAUUCGAAAACCAAAGCCAUGGUUGAAGAUCUACUGAGCAAUUACGAGAAUGUAUGUACCCUAAGAGUUAGAAUGCCAAUCUCCUCCGACCUAGACAAUCCAAGAAACUUCAUCACCAAGAUCACCCGGUACGACAAAGUCGUAAACAUUCCUAACAGUAUGACUGUAUUGGAUGAGCUCCUACCAAUCUCAAUUGAAAUGGCAAAGAGGAAUCUGACUGGAGUAUGGAAUUUCACAAAUCCUGGGGUAGUUAGCCAUAAUGAAAUCCUUGAAAUGUACAGGGAUUAUGUGAAUCCUAACUUUAAAUGGACAAAUUUCACACUGGAGGAACAAGCAAAGGUGAUUGUUGCCCCAAGAAGUAACAAUGAACUUGAUGCCUCUAAGCUAAAGAAAGAGUUUUCAGAGAUGUUGCCAAUUAAAGAGUCAAUCUUGAAGUAUGUCUUCAUGCCAAGGAAGAAGGCAGGCAACCUAGUUUAGAAUAAAACAAAGGGUGUCUUGAUGUUCUUCUAAGUAGCUCCAAGGGUGAUGGUUUGAUCAUAGCUUUAUGUUUCUCUGUUCAAUCGCUUUCUUCUGGCUCCUUUUAUUUACUUGGUUUUAUCUAGAUUAGAUUGUUGGUUUAGAAAUAAUACUUGGGAAGCUCAGUUUCUUUUAUUUGAUUGAGAAAUAUCAUCUCUGUUCAUGCAGAAUUGUUCAUCUGAUAUGAUUCAGAAACAUGAGACUGAGAAGUUAUCCCCUUUAAAUUGCGUUAUAUGUAAUUCUCUCCAAUCUUGUGUAUAAAUCCAUUAUGAUUUGAGCAGGCAGCUUAUAUUUGGUGAGAUAAAAAAGUUAAAUGAUUUUGAUAUGAGAAGUCAAUAUGAAAUUCUAAGGGAGAAAUAGCUUGA